AUGGGCACUGAAGGACCGGCCUGCCUCCUGCGGCCCUGCAUGCUGGGCUGCCUGCCCUGGCCCCGCCGCGGUACCCAGGGCCCCCGCGUCAGAGCGUGGGACUCCGCUGCCCUUGGACGCUGCCCCAAAUCCUACCUGGUCUCAGGACCUAGCCGCUCGGCCUGCCCCUCGCCUUCUGUGAUGUGUGGCUCUGUCCCCAGGCCUCAGGUCGAAGAUUUCAGCCUGGACUCCUCUCUGUCUCAGGUCCAGGUGGAGUUCUAUGUCAACGAGAACACCUUCAAGGAAAGGCUCAAGCUGUUCUUCAUCAAAAACCAAAGAUCCAGCCUGAGGAUCCGGCUCUUCAACUUCUCCCUGAAGCUCCUCACCUGCCUGCUCUACAUUGUCCGAGUCCUGCUGGACAACCCGGACCUGGGCAUCGGAUGCUGGGGCUGCACCAAGUACAACUACACCUACAAUGGCUCUUCUUCUGAGUUCAAUUGGGCCCCCAUCCUGUGGGUGGAGAGGAAGAUGACCCUCUGGGUGAUCCAGAAUGACUUCCACCGCGCCAUCCUGCGGACACAGUCAGCCAUGUUCAACCAGGUCCUUAUCCUCUUCUGCACCCUGCUGUGCCUCGUCUUCACGGGGACCUGUGGCAUCCAGCACCUGGAGCGCGCAGGCGGGAAUCUGAACCUGCUGACGUCCUUCUACUUUUGCAUCGUCACCUUCUCCACGGUGGGCUACGGUGACGUGACCCCCAAGAUAUGGCCGUCCCAGCUCCUGGUGGUCAUCAUGAUCUGCGUGGCCCUUGUGGUGCUUCCGCUGCAGUUUGAGGAGCUCGUGUACCUCUGGAUGGAGCGGCAGAAGUCCGGGGGCAACUACAGCCGCCACCGGGCGCAGACAGAGAAGCACGUGGUUCUGUGUGUGAGCUCCCUCAAGGUGGACCUCCUCAUGGACUUCCUGAACGAGUUCUAUGCCCAUCCCCGGCUCCAGGACUACUACGUGGUCAUCCUGUGCCCCACGGAGAUGGACAUCCAGGUGCGCAGGGUCCUCCAGAUCCCCCUGUGGUCUCAGCGGGUCAUCUACCUCCAGGGCUCUGCUCUCAAGGACCAGGACCUCAUGCGAGCCAAGAUGGACAAUGGAGAGGCCUGCUUUAUCCUGAGCAGUAGGAACGAGGUGGACCGCACCGCGGCGGACCACCAGACCAUCCUGCGAGCCUGGGCCGUGAAGGACUUCGCCCCCAACUGCCCUCUCUACGUUCAGAUCCUCAAGCCGGAGAACAAGUUUCACGUCAAGUUUGCUGACCACGUGGUGUGCGAGGAGGAGUGCAAGUACGCCAUGCUGGCCCUUAACUGCAUCUGCCCGGCCACGUCCACCCUCAUCACCUUGCUGGUGCACACGUCCCGUGGCCAGGAAGGCCAGGAGUCGCCGGAGCAGUGGCAGCGCAUGUACGGGCGCUGCUCAGGCAACGAGGUCUACCACAUCCGCAUGGGCGACAGCAAGUUCUUCCGGGAGUACGAGGGCAAGAGCUUCACCUAUGCAGCCUUCCACGCCCACAAGAAGUACGGCGUGUGCCUCAUUGGGCUGAAGCGAGAGGAAAACAAGAGCAUCCUGCUGAACCCUGGGCCCAGGCACACCCUGGCCACCUCCGACACCUGCUUCUACAUCAACAUCACCAAGGAAGAGAACUCCGCCUUCAUCUUCAAGCAGGAGGAGAAGCAGAAGAGGCGGGGUCUGGCGGGGCAGGCGCCCUAUGAGGGACCGUCCCGCCUGCCCGUGCACAGCAUUAUCGCCUCCAUGGGGACGGUGGCUAUGGACCUGCAGAACGCAGAGUGCCGGCCCUCACAGGGCGGCGGCGGCGGCAGCAAGCUCGCGCUGCCCACGGAGAACGGCUCAGGCAGCAGGCGCCCCAGCAUCGCUCCGGUCCUGGAGCUGGCAGACAGCUCGGCCUUGCUGCCCUGCGACCUGCUGAGCGACCAGUCGGAGGACGAGGUGACACCCUCGGAGGACGAGGGGCUCUCCGUGGUGGAGUACGUGAAGGGAUACCCCCCAAACUCGCCCUACAUCGGCAGCUCCCCCACUCUGUGCCACCUCCUGCCUGUCAAGGCUCCGUUUUGCUGCCUGCGGCUAGACAAGGGCUGCAAACACAACAGCUACGAAGACGCCAAGGCCUACGGGUUCAAGAACAAGCUCAUCAUCGUCUCCGCGGAGACAGCCGGCAACGGGCUGUACAACUUCAUCGUGCCGCUGCGGGCCUACUACCGCUCCCGCAAGGAGCUCAACCCCAUCGUGCUGCUGCUGGACAACAAGCCUGACCACCACUUCCUGGAGGCCAUCUGCUGCUUCCCCAUGGUCUACUACAUGGAGGGCUCUGUGGACAACCUGGACAGCCUGCUGCAGUGUGGCAUCAUCUACGCCGACAACCUGGUGGUGGUGGACAAGGAGAGCACCAUGAGCGCCGAGGAGGACUACAUGGCCGACGCCAAGACCAUCGUCAACGUGCAGACCAUGUUCCGGCUCUUCCCCAGCCUUAGCAUCACGACAGAGCUCACUCACCCUUCCAACAUGAGGUUCAUGCAGUUCCGCGCCAAGGAUAGCUACUCUCUGGCCCUUUCCAAACUGGAAAAGCGGGAGCGGGAGAACGGGUCCAACCUGGCGUUCAUGUUCCGCCUGCCCUUCGCCGCCGGCCGUGUGUUCAGCAUCAGCAUGCUGGACACGCUGCUCUACCAGUCCUUCGUGAAGGACUACAUGAUCACCAUCACCAGGCUGCUGCUGGGCCUCGACACCACCCCGGGCUCGGGCUACCUCUGCGCUAUGAAGAUCACUGAGGAUGACCUGUGGAUCCGCACCUAUGGCCGGCUCUUCCAGAAGCUCUGCUCCUCCAGCGCCGAGAUCCCCAUCGGCAUCUACAGGACCCAGUGCCACGUCUUCUCCGAGCCCCAUGAGCUCAGAGCCCAGUCCCAGAUCUCGGUGAACAUGGAGGACUGUGAGGACACGCAGGACACCAAGGGCCCCUGGGGCGUGCGGACCGGCGCGGGCGGUGGCAGCGUGCACGGCCGCCAGGCGGGCAGCGCCGACCCCGCCGAGCACCCGCUGCUGCGGCGCAAGAGCCUUCAGUGGGCACGGAAGCUGAGCCGCCGGGGCAGCAGGCAGGCCGGGCCCGCGCCGGCUGCCGAGUGGACCAACCAGCAGCGCCUCAGCCUCUACCGGCGCUCGGAGCGCCAGGAGCUCUCGGAGCUGGUGAAGAACCGCAUGAAGCACCUGGGGCUGCCCACCACGGGCUACGAGGACGUAGCAAAUCUAACAGCCUAUGAUGUCAUGAAUCGGGUAAACCUGGGAUAUUUGCAAGACGAGAUGAACGACCAGCAGAACACACUGUCCUAUGUCCUCAUCAACCCCCCACCCGACACCAGGCUGGAGCCCAAUGACAUUGUGUACCUCAUCCGCUCAGACCCGCUGGCCCACAUGGCCAGCAGCUCCCAGAGCCGGAAGAGCAGCUGCAGCCACAAGCUGUCAUCCUGCAACCCGGAGACCCGCGAUGAGACGCAGCUGUGAGCGGAGCAGCCAGGCCCCUGCGGGGAGGGCCCGGCGCAGGGCCGUGCUGCCCGCCAGGGCUGCACAAGCCUCCCAGGCCGGAGCGAGACGCGGAGGCCGGCACAGCGUGUUUUUAACCUCUUUUUAUAAAUGUGUAGGACCCAAGUUGCUACACAGAUGCACCGCAACUCGUGACCGGGGCCAGGCCAGGUGUCCACACAGAACUGUGGGCCUGGGCACCGCCACUGCAUGCCAGGCUGGGGCGGCAAGGGCUCGGGGGAGGGUCAGGCCUGCAGCCUGGCGGGGGGCCCCUCCGUGCACCCCGCGCCCGCCGGGGGCCAGCGGUGUCCUCACGGCCACCUGCCAGCGCUUCCUUCUGAUCACAGCUUCUGCAUGGCGGGGGCCACGCUGGGCUCUGUGGGGUGAGGCCCCCACCUGUCCAAGGGGCCGGCGAACGGUGCCGCACUUCCAGGCUACAGAAACUCGGAGGGGCGGGCGCAGGUCCGGGCCGCUGGCCGUAGAGCCCCAGGUGGAGGGGCCGGGCAGAUCCACGGGGUGCCAUGACCACGGGAGGCGGAAAGGCCGUUUUGCUACCACGCUGGCUUCUCCAGCCACAGCGUCGGGGCCGUGGGGCGGGCGGAGGGCUCCAUGGGCCGAUUCACUCUUUUCAAAGCAACGCCUCGUUUGUAACACCUGAUCCGAGAAGCACAAUCCGCGCGGGCGCCUCGGCGUCCCAGGGGCUCCAGACUCUUCCGGGUGAUUCUGGGCAGCCUGUGGUUUGUACUGUCAG